UCAAGUAGGGGAUGCCAAUCAAAGCAUCAACUUCAAAUUGUAUCUGAGAGAUCAGCCUGGAGACCUCAGGGCCAGGCGCGUCAGUCGGAGCGCAAUUGUUGAUCAGAUCACAUCCAGCGGACUUUGCGCGAGAAAAAGAGAGGAAGCCGAGAUUUAAGAAGCGUUUUUGUUUUGACUGCACACCCCUGUAUGUCUGUAGCAGCUGUGACUUUGGCUUAAACACUUCCCCUUUUGCCGCUCCUGGUGCUUUUCUUCCUUCUUCUUUUCCGAUCGCUUACUUAAAAAAAACAACAAAACAAAACAAAACAAAAAACGCACAGUUUGUCGGAGGGUAGAGCUGUGCGACAACUCGGCGGCGGAGAUGUCUUUCCCCCAGCUAGGCUACCCGCAGUACUUAAGUGCCUCCCAGGCGGUGUACGGGAGCGACAGACCGGGAGUGCUUACGCCUUCGUCCCGAGGAGGGAGCACCGAAAUCGGGGGAAGUCCGUCCGCCACCGCAGCAGCCGUCACGUCGGUGCUGGGCAUGUACGCCAACCCUUACGCACACAACUACAGCGCUUUCUUACCUUACACCAGCGCGGACUUGGCUCUUUUCUCGCAAAUGGGAUCCCAGUAUGAGCUGAAGGACAGUCCUGGGGUUCAUCCUGCCAGCUUCGCGGCCCACACAUCUCCAGCCUUCUAUCCGUACGGCCAGUUUCAGUACGGGGACCCGGCCAGGCCUAAGAACGCCACCCGAGAGAGCACUAGCACCCUGAAAGCCUGGCUCAACGAGCACAGGAAGAACCCGUACCCGACCAAGGGGGAGAAGAUCAUGCUGGCCAUCAUCACCAAGAUGACGCUGACGCAGGUCUCCACCUGGUUCGCCAACGCCAGGAGGAGGCUCAAGAAGGAGAACAAGGUGACCUGGGGGAGCAGGAGCAAAGAGGACGGGGAGGACGGGAACUUGUUCGGCAGCGGGGACGAGGCGGAGAAAAACGAAGACGAGGAGGAAAUCGAUUUGGAGAGCAUAGAUAUAGACAAAAUAGACGACAACGACGGGGAUCAGAGCAACGAGGACGAUGACGAUAAAUCAACGGAGGGGAGCAGGGACCACAGGGGCGGCGUCGGUGCGACCGGAGAGUUGGACAGCUUGGAGAAAAGACGGGCCUUCGCCUUACAGGCCCACGAGGCCUUUGAAAAAUCUAAGAGCACAAUUUCGGUUCACCCGGGGAGUAAGGAGAGCUCGGACGGCAACAACAACAAUAACACCACAAGAGUUUUGUCUCCGGACAGACCUGGGAGCUUUCCUCUCCCUUCCAACAACAAGCCCAAAAUCUGGUCUUUGGCAGAGACCGCCACCAGCCCCGACAGUUCAUCUCAAAAACCCACGUCCCCUUGUGGCCCGGGGGCCACCACUCACCCCUCAGCCCCCCACCACCAGAUCCAGACCCACCCGGCCUUCCUCCCCAGUCAUGGACUGUACACUUGCCAGAUUGGAAAGUUCCACAACUGGACAAACGGGGCUUUCCUGGGCCAGAACUCCCUGCUCAAUGUUAGAUCGUUUCUGGGAGUAAACCAGCACCAUCACCACCACAACCACCACUUGACGGCCCAACAGCAGCAGCAGCAGCAGCAGCCGACGUCAGUGGUGGUGUCGCCGGUAGCAGCUUCAGCAGCUCUGAGCAACGAGAGCAAGGCCCCGCCAGAGACCCACAGUCCCAAGCACAUAGACCACGAAAACGGUGUAAGGUCUGAUUCACCUCCAACACAGACCUUGAAGUCUUCCUUUCGACCCAUUCAUGACAGAUCCUCUCUGCCUUCCAGCGCCAGGAGUCCACAAGACGCCACGCAACGAGUCCUCACUGCCCUCUCCUCGGCUUGAUCAAGACACGCCGUUUUUUUUUUUUGUUUUUUUUUUGUGUUUUGUUUUUUUUUGUUUUUGUUUUCGUGCUUGGAAAAAAAAGAAAAAGAAAAUUGAAAAAAAAAACAAACAAACAAACAAAGACUUUACACACCCUUAAAAAAGGACAAUGAGAAAUAAUAAUGCAGCGUAGCAUUCAGUCGGUACAGAACAAAUGGCGUAAUUUGGUAAUAUCCUGUGGAUGGAUGGAUUACUUCCUCUAUUGUUGUGUAGCCUAUAAUCGCGCCUAUAAUGUUACUCUCUCUCUCUCUCGCUCUCUCUAUCUCUCCACUUUGCCCAGGCAGGCUGGGACAUUUUGGUAGGCUUUUUACUUUAUUAUUAUUAUUAUAAUUAUUAUUAUUAUAAUUAUUUUUUGUCUCUAUCUUGUGUUUUUGGUGUCCUUUCUUUAAUGUAAAUAUCAAGUGAUUUAAAUUUGUAAAUAGGAAACGUUGAAGGAAUUUGUCCAGAUCGUAUAUUUUGCCUAAUAAACUAAAUGAAAUUAUAGAGAAAACGCA